UUUUCGGCUCCUCAAACAGAGACUCCCCAAAAGCUGCUGGGAUAGAAAUGCAUUUGUGCACUUCAGAAGUAGCCACUGAGCCCCUGCUGGCUGAUGGAAACAUGCACAGAGCUUCCUGCCCUGCUGCCAGCAGUGACCUGCGAUGGGGAGGAUGAGGAGGGAAGGAGGAGUCACAGGGAAACCCGCCCCCCAAAGCUGCUGUGCUUUUGGUCGCUGUUGUUUCAGUUCUCUGAAGCAUCUGAACGAGCUGAAUACAAGGAGGAACCCCACUAGUGCUGGAAACACAUCGUGCCCUUCAGGAUGGACCUCUGUCCUGCUGAAGCUGAAGGAGGAGAUUGCUGAGGUGGUUGCAGAGAUUGAGCAUUUCCAAGAGGAGAAGCAAGAGGCAGACAGUAAUCCUGGAGAGCAGACCAGGCAACUGUCCCAGAGGGAUAAAAUUCUGUCUCAGGGCCGGAAGAAGUUCAACAUGGAUCCUGAAAAGGGGAUCCAGUACCUGAUCGAGCAGCAGGUGUUGUCCUCAGACCUGCAGGAGAUUGCCAGAUUCCUCCACAAGGGUGAAGGCCUGAACAAGACAGCCAUUGGGGACUACCUGGGUGGGAGGGAUCCCACAAACAUUCAGAUCCUCCAGGCCUUUGUGGCGUGUCACCAGUUUGCCAACCUCAACCUGGUGCAGGCACUCAGACAGUUCCUCUGGAGCUUCCGGCUGCCGGGGGAGGCGCAGAAGAUCGACCGGAUGAUGGAAGCCUUUGCCAGCUGGUACUGCAAGUGCAACCCAGGAGUGUUCCAGUCCACAGAUACCUGUUAUGUACUCUCCUUCUCUAUCAUCAUGCUUAACACCAGCCUGCACAACCCCAAUGUGAAAGACAAGCCCCACUUUGAAAGGUUUGUGUCCAUCAACAGAGGCAUUGACAAUGGAGGGGACCUGCCAGAAGAGCUUUUAAAGAACCUGUUUGAGAGCAUCAAGAAUGAGCCGUUCUCCAUACCAGAGGACGAUGGCAAUGACCUCACCCACACUUUCUUCAACCCCAACCGUGAAGGCUGGCUGCUGAAACUAGGAGGGCGUGUGAAAACCUGGAAACGCCGUUGGUUCAUUCUGACCGCUAACUGCCUGUAUUACUUCGAAUAUACCACGGACAAAGAGCCUCUGGGCAUUAUCCCCUUGGAGAAUCUAUCAGUCCGGAAGGUGGAUGAUCCCAAAAAGCCAAACUGCUUUGAACUCUUCAAUCCCAACUGCAAAGGGCAGAAGAUCAAAGCCUGCAAAACAGAUGGGGAUGGGAAGGUGGUUGAAGGCAAGCAUCAGUCCUACAAGAUCUCAGCACCCACUCCAGCAGAGCGUGAUGAGUGGAUUGAGGCAAUACGGACCAGCAUCACACAGGAUCCUUUCUAUGAUCUGGUCUCUGCCCGUAAGAAAAAGAUUGCCAGCAAAAACUGAACCAUGGCCUGGUCACCAGCAUCAGAGAGGUCUAGGUCACUGGACAGCUUCCCUUUCACUCUGGGCUCUUCCAGUGAAGAAAUCUGGGAGCUUUGGUUCCCUCUGUCUCCCAUGUGGCAGGCAGAUCACUGACAGGACAGCUUUCCCUCUUUGCUUCUUCCCCUUCCAAGCUGAAGGCAGAGGCACUGAGGACUGUCCAAACUGUGGGCAUGGGGUUGCCCAUGUCCAAACACAAAGGCUCAACAGCAGCUGGGCUUGGGGCUCUCCCAUGCAGCCCCAGACACGUGGGAUGGGAUCUGAGAGGAGACAGGAAUGUCUGCACAGUGUCUCCAGCCCCUCCUGUUGAGGGACCAUGUAGAUUCUCUUGGAGCAGUGGUUUCUCUUCCAUGAACAGAUGUGUAGUGGUUGUGGGGUGGAGGCCACCAAUAUUUAGAAACUCACUGUGAAACCAGAGGUCAAGGUAAGAUAAGAAGCCCUCAGUUCUGAAGAAAUCCCUCUCCCCCCCUUCCUAAAGCCUGUAGUGAGGGCUCUAAUCCUGGGAAGCCCCCGCUCUGUAACUGAGUCAGAGAUUUUAAAAAGUUAAAGAUAUUGGAUCCCUGUUCAACAUAAGGGCUAACAGAGAUGCUGUGGGACCAGGAAAGCAGCUCUGGGUGUUUUGUCUCUCUUUUUUGAGACUCAUGGACCACCACAGAUUUCCUUAGGGAAGAAACACAAACCCUAGCUCUGCUUCUGGCUGGUGGCUCCCCAACAAGGGUUGGUUCCCUGAGCAGCUCAGAAGCCUGGGUUUUGUUUCUGAAAGUUUUGCAGUCAGAUGGUAUGAAAAAAUGGAGGUGCAUACAUCUCCCACCAGCAUACACACACACAGAGGCAUUCAUCCCCACCUUCAUACAGUGGUAUCAUCUGGAGUCUGGGGGGGCUCUGUCUCUUGUGUAACAAGAGAAAUAAAAGUGCUUAAGA